AUGCAUCUCAACGAGCCGAGCGGGCCGCUGGCCCUAAUGAAUGACAGUUCCGGCGGAGAUGGAAGCGUCUUUCCCAUGGGACAUGAUUAUCCGGCGGAGUACCAGCACCUGGUGCAUGCCCACUGGCGAGGAUUCCGGGAAGCACCUAUCUACUAUCACGCCGGCUUCUAUAUCGCAUUUAUCGUCCUUAUGCUAUCAAAUAUUUUCGGUAAUGGAAUGGUCAUCUGGAUAUUUUCCACGUCUAAAUCAUUGCGAACUCCUUCCAAUUUACUUAUUCUGAACCUGGCCAUUUUCGAUCUGUUCAUGUGCUCCAAUAUGCCACAUUAUCUCCUCAACGCUACCGUUGGCUAUAUUGUGGGCGGAGAUCUUGGCUGCGAUAUAUAUGCUCUGAAUGGAGGUAUUUCUGGAAUGGGUGCAUCCAUAACGAAUGCCUUCAUUGCUUUUGAUAGGUACAAGACCAUAUCGAAUCCCAUUGAUGGACGAUUGAGUUAUGGACAAAUAAUCCUAUGCAUUAUCUUCACCUGGCUGUGGGCCACGCCUUUUUAUUUGCCCUUGUUUCAGAUCUGGGGACGCUAUCGGCCAGAGGGCUUCCUGACCACCUGCUCCUUCGAUUAUCUGACCAACACGGAUGACAACCGGCUGUUUGUGCGUACGAUAUUCGUGUGGUCCUACGUGAUUCCCAUGACCAUUAUCCUGGUCUCCUACUACAAGCUCUUCACCCAUGUGCGCACCCACGAGAAGAUGCUGGCGGAGCAAGCCAAGAAGAUGAAUGUCAAGUCGCUGUCGGCCAAUGCCAAUGCUGAUAACAUGAGCGUGGAGCUGCGGAUAGCCAAGGCGGCUUUGAUAAUCUACAUGCUGUUCGUUUUUGCCUGGACUCCGUACUCCGUGGUGGCCCUAAUUGGAUGCUUCGGAGAGCAACACCUCAUUACGCCUUUCGUGUCCAUGCUUCCCUGCCUGGCCUGCAAAUCGGUAUCCUGCCUGGAUCCUUGGGUUUAUGCCACCAGUCACCAAUACCGCCUGGAGUUGGAACGCCGACUUCCCUGGUUGGGCAUUCGGGAGAAGCAGAAUCUAUCUGGUUCAUCUGGCGGUCAGGAGAGUGUGGCCAGUGUAAGUGGCGAUACGUUGGCUCUCAGUGUCCAAAAUUGAAGGGUAUAGUGAUGGAUCAGUGAAAUGGAAAUGAACAUUAAAAUAUGAGUUGAUUAGUUCUAAGAUGCAAUGAACUGCAAGAGUUCCAAAAAUACAAACCAAAAAAGCUGGCAUUUAAAAACA